AUGGAUGUGUAUAAAUUGUGGUUCUCCGGAGGCUCGAGGUAUAAGAAUGGAGUAGGUAUUUUAGUGGAGGAAGAGCUACGGGAGCAAGUGGUAGAGGUUAGACGGGUCAAUGACAUGAUGAUAGCGAUUAAGUUAGUCGUUAGAUGGUUCACUUUGAACAUUAUUAGUGCUUACGCUCCGCAUACGGGCUUGGAUGUGGAGGAGAAGGUGCAUUUUUUGGAGGACUUAGAUGAGGUGGUGAGAGGUAUAACACAUAUUGAGAAGCUAUUGAUAGGAGGAGAUUUCAAUGGACGCAUAGGGUCAACACUGGGGGGUGGUUAUGAUGAUGUACAUGGUGGUUUUGGUUUCGAGGACAAGUAUGAAGGAGGAAUCUCGUUGUUGGAUUUUGCAAGCGCUUUUGGGUUGGUGGUAGCGAAUUCGACUUUCCCGAAGAAUGAGGAGCACUUGGUAACUUUUUGUAGUGCCAUGGCAAGGACCGAGAUAGACUAUUUGCUCCUUAGGAAGGAUGAUAAACGUGUUGUAAAGACUGCAAGGUCAUCCCUAAUGAGAGUCUUCUGCCCCAGCAUAAACUAUUGGCGAUGGAUUUGGAGAUUAAGAGGAAGAAAAGAAGAAGGUUGUGGACCGACCAAGGAUCAAAUUGGCUAA